AUUUCUCUUUCACUCGUUUAGCUUGUACCUACGUUUCACUCGUUUAACCUCUUUCAUUUUUUCUUCUUUCGGUGCUCUCGAUUAUAUAACAACUUGCUCUCGAACAAUUUCUGUCUGUUCUGUCAGCAGCGAUCUUGGGAUGAUUUCCUGUGUUUUUAGUUAAUUUUGAUCUGCUAUGAAGUAUGAAUGAAUUGUAGACACAAAUCUUUGUAAGCAUUGUAGAAUUAACAAGAUUUGAAGAAACGGCUUCCGAUUGACGAGAGAUGGCUGGUAGUUCGCAGAACAAUUCUCAAUUAGUUAUAUCAAUUGAUUUGAGAUUCAUGGUGUUGUACGGGGGAGAUUUCGUAGAAGUGGAUGACAAGUGGAAGUGGAAAGGAAAUGAAACCACUUCACUCUUAGUUCCAAGUAAUAUCACUAAAGAAGAACUUGUGGAAAGAUUGAAGGAGAAGCUUUGUAUUUGUUCGUCCACACAAAUCGAAUUGAAGUUCAAAGUUCCGAAUUGGAGUGUACCUCCGAUGACAAUAAAAGACAAUAACGACUUGGAUUUCUACAUUCAAUUUCAUAAAGAAAAUGAACUUUAUGUUAGUCUUUGCAAAACAGAGGUGCCAAAUGGUUUGCACACAGACAGGAAUACAACCGCAGAAGAUAAUCCAGACAAUCUCCUUCUAGACACUGAACAAAUACCCCUGGAACCACAACAUCAGUGGCUGCGUGCUGCUGGAAUUUAUGACAUUCUUCGAAAUUACAAAAAGUUUAUCUGUUCUCCAAGGCCUCCGAAUAGACCCUCAAGUGGUUCGCGAUUUCUUUUUAACCGCACCAAGGUACAAAACUUCCGAGAAGAUGGCCAUAACUGGAGGAAGAAGAAAGAUGGAAAAACUGUGAAUGGGACUAAUGAAAAGCUCAAGGUUGGAGGUGAAGAUAAAUUACGUUGCUACUAUGACCAUGGAGAAGAAGACAAAAAUUUUAAAAGGCGCAUCUAUUGGAUGCUGGAAGAGGGGUUGUCUCACAUAGUUCUUGUUCACUACCUGGAGGCAAAGGAAAACAGAACAAAUUUCAAUCGCGUUAGGGAGUCUGAAGUUAUUCCUGAUUCUCAAAAACCAAGAGAAAAUAUACGCAACUCCGAGGUUGACAGUUCUGUAUUUUCAGAAUCCCGAACAUAUAACUAUGAAGGAACCUUGCAAGUUACGGAUUCUUCUAACCACAACAUUGCUCAUGCUUCUGAGUUUAAAAAUGCUGAAUCAGUACAUUGUCAACAACAAAGUCCAGGAUUCCAGCCUUGUGACAAUGUAUCGCAACCCAUGGUAAAGAAGAUGAGAGGUGGUUCAAUUCCUUAUUAUGAUGUCCCUAUAUCAGAUGAUUGUCAAGGACAAUGCUUAGAUAUUACUGUUCAAAAUGUUGAAUCAAAUACACGAAGAGGAAAAAAUAAAAACGUCAUGGUCCAAUCUUGGGAAAAUGUUGUAUAUAGCAAUACUGAUGGCUUCCAAACGACCAAUUUUCAGCCACUGUUUUCUUCAGCCCAAAGUUCAACUGGCAUGAUGCUUGGACAUGAAAAUGAAUUGCUGGAGCAUGUUGUUUCUGGUGCCAUUGGUACAAGGCAAGAGUUUGGAAGCCAUUCCAAUUUCUGGAAGUUGCAUGGGAAUUCCAGACAUGAUCCAUACAGCAAGAUUCAUGAUGUUAAUAAUGAGGAGCUGUACGACACCAUGGGGCCUUGCAAUACAUAUCCAUCCAAUCAAAAUAAACACACUAUGCGUAGUGAUCAUCGAAAGCAAGAUGGCUUAGACGGGCUUCCAAGAGAAGGCCUGAAAAUGCUUGGCAACUUUGACCGCUGGGAGAGUGAAUUUGGAGAUGUUACUGGUUCUCGGCGCUGCUCAGAGACAAUUGAUAUUGAAGGUGGAAGUGAUUCUUUUAUAUCUGCUCAAGUGCCGUUGGACAACAAUAUUCUGGACCGCUCUCCCUAUAGAGACCCGCACUACUCGCACUUUAUGCCUAGAAACUUCUUGAGCUCGCAGUAUGAUUUGUCAGGUUAUAGUUUUGAAAACGAGGAUGUGGAUGUGGAGCCACAGAUUGUACAAAUUCGGGGACCUGGCCGAGCUAACCCUGUUUCCGGCCUCCCCCUACCACCGGCUCCGUGCCCACCACCACCACCACCACCACCACCACCGGCUCGGUGUUGCGCACCACGACCACGGGCUCCGUGUUGCCCACGACGACCACGGGCUCCGUGUUGCCCACCACGGGCUCCGUGUUGCCCACCACCACCACGGGCUCCGUGUUGCCCACCACGGGCUCCGUGCCCUGACGCGUAUCCGUGCUCUGGCUUUCAGCGCUCUAACUUUCCUGCAGAAAUGAUGUCAGAUAGCCCUCUUUUCCAUUGCGAAUUCCCACAAAAGACUGGAAGUGAACCGAUGAGGACAUUAGCCAUUUUAUUUAUUUUUCUAGUUGGACUUAAAAUAUGUUUUGGAUUCUUAUUUAUGUAAUUGGGUUUGUAUAAAGGGUUUGGCCCAAGUCCAUUAUCAUUAGGGUUAUAUUUUUCUAUUUAAACCGAAUUUGUCAUAAAAUUGGGACAGUUGAUGAUUAUGAUGAAUUGAGAUAGGUUAUGGCGUCUCCUACUUCUUCCUUCCCCUUAA